AUGGCGGUCGUGAUGGGUGCUGCGCUGGUCAUGUGGAUGUUCGGGGAGCAGCUGGGCAUAACCCCGGUCCUGGCUGCCAUGUUGGGGCUGUGCGGCCUGCUGUGUACGGGGGUGCUGACGUGGCGGGAGUGCCUGAGCUACACGCCCGCCUGGGACACGUUGGUCUGGUUUGCGGUGCUGAUCGGCAUGUCGGGGCAGCUUAACACCAUGGGUGUCAUUGCGGCGUUUGCCAAUGCCAUGGGAAGCGUGCUGACAGGCGACCGAGGUCUCAACAUGGGCUGGUUGCCCAUCUUCGGAUUGCUGCAUGCGGCCUUCUUCGGUAUCCACUACAUGUUCGCCUCUCAGACCGCGCACGUGGGGGCUCUGUACAGCGCCUUCUGCGCAAUGAUGCUGGCAGCAGGCGUUCCCCCUGUCCUGGCGGCCAUGUCUCUGGCCUACUCUGUGAACCUGUUCGGGUCUAUCACCCACUACGCCUCGGGCCAGGCGGCGGUCUAUUACGGCGCGGGCUACAUGCGGCUCAACGAGGUGUUCAGCAUGGGUGCUGUCUGCGGGGUACUGGGCCUCGCCAUCUGGGCGGUGUGCGGCAUGCCGGUGUGGAAGCUGCUGGGCUGGUGGUAA